ACAGAAAUACAGCACGACCGAGAAGAUGCGGGUGGCCCCAAACAUGGACUACAGGCUGGUAUUUUCCUCCUUAAAUGAAGCCUGUGAUGAAGCCUUGGCCGCCCUUUCUGACCCUGAGGAGUUGCCGUACGGGGAGGUUGCCAUGCGGCUGGCCGCGUGCAUGAGACAGAUCCAGACCCACGGUGCGGCGCUGGAGCCUGUGGUCAGCUGCUUCACAAAUGUGUACCAUCAUUACGACUUCGAUGAGGAGACGCCGGGCAACGGGUACCGCACACUUGUAAAGGUUUUGCUGUCGUGCCUUCUCCACAUCAUCAACAAAACCCGUUACAUCUCAUCCAACCUCAGAGGAGCUUUCUUCAGAGCCGACCACAAUGCCACAGAGAUGGAGGCGUAUUUAAACGCCCUGUGCCAGCUGAGGGCGCUGUUACACCUGGCCCAGAGACUGCUCAAUGACACGCCCUGUGGUCAGCUGUGCACACUGCAGGACCCCGAGCUGAGCCGCAGGUUUGUGCAGGAGUACAGCUCCAUGCACAAGGCCUGCUUCUACGGCCGCUGUCUGGGCUUUCAGUACUCACCAUCUCUGAGACCGUUCCUUCAGACAGUCGUCAUCAGCAUGGUGUCCUAUGGAGAGACCUACGGCAAACAGCAAUCUGGGAUAGGCCAAGCAGCUUUAUCACUUCUAACCUCAGGGAAAUACGUCAUGGACCCAGAGAUGAGGGGGGCGGAGUUUGAGCGGAUCACUCAAAACUUGGAUCUGCAGUUUUGGAAAUCCUUCUGGAACCUCACGGAGUCCGGGCUUAUCACAGGUUUUAACAGGAUCGCGUCUAACCCUGUGCAGGUGAAUCUGACCCUCUCUGUGCCUCCUGUGACGCUGAAGCUGCCUCUGGCCUCUGACCCAAACCUCUCCACAAACGUAUCUCCUCCCAUCGCGCACUGGGGCCCAGGUCCAGUCCUCAUGAGGCUCAUAUCCUUCGAGAUUCGAGAAGGACAGGACAGUGAGGAGCUCCUGUCUUUCUCCAGGACAGACACUCGUCCCAUGUCCAUGUCCCAGCUGCCCUGGGUCCAGAAACAACCGCUCUCUCCCUGGCUCCUCAUUCACUUCCACGGAGGAGGCUUUGUGGCUCAAACAUCAAAAUCUCAUGAGAAUUAUCUCAGGAACUGGUCCAAGGAGCUGGGCGUUCCUGUCCUGUCCAUAGACUACUCUCUGUCUCCUGAAGCCCCAUUUCCCAGAGCCUUGGAGGAGUGUUUCUAUGGUUACUGCUGGGCUCUGAAGAACUGUCAUCUGCUCGGCUCCACUGCAGAGCGCGUGUGUCUGGCCGGAGAUAGCGCCGGGGGAAACCUGUGCAUCACUGUGAGCAUGAAGGCCGUGUCCUGUGGGGUCCGGGUUCCAGAUGGCAUCAUGGCCGCGUACCCCGCCACCCUCCUCACCACCGAUGCCUCCCCCUCCCGUCUGCUCACCUCCAUCGACCCUCUGCUGCCACUAGGAGUCCUCGCAAAGUGCCUCAACGCCUACACAGGUAUGGCGUCAGAGUCGGUGCAGCCUGCUCGGGGCCAGGGCACCCUCAGCUCUUUCUCUCGGGACACAGCUCUGCUCCUCAGUGACCUCACACAGGGUGCCUCCAACUGGAUCCAGUCGUUUUUAGACCCCAAACGGAUCAUAGACAGACCGCGGCCCCAGCUCCCCAAAGACCCCCCUCUCAGUAACAGCGCCCCCUCUGCCACCCCUCCAUAUUGCCCCGGGAGCAUUGACGCUGUGGAAUACCCAGAAGGCUUUGAGCCCCUUCGGUCUAAGUGCUUUGCUGUUGUUAACCCGACUUCUGGUCCCAUCCUGAAAAACCCAUUUGCGUCGCCUCUUUUGGCCUCAGAGCAGCUGCUGAGGGGCCUCCCACCUAUUCACAUAGUGGCCUCUGCUCUUGAUGCCUUGCUGGACGAUUCUGUGAUGUUUGCUAAAAAGCUGCGGGCCAUGGGGCAACCGGUGAGCCUGAGCGUGGUGGAGGACCUGCCCCACGGUUUCCUCAGCCUUUCUCAGCUUUCCAAAGAGACGGAGGAGGCGGCGCAUGUCUGUGUGCAGAAAAUCAGGAAGGUUUUCCAAGGACCGAACUGCACAACCUCUUUACCAAACCCACCACAACAGCAGGGGGCACCGCAAAACACAGGUCAAUGAUUUGCACAAAAGUAGUAACAAAUGGUGCACUAAUAACUGGUUUAAAGCUUUUGAAAACGCACAAGUGUAAAGUCUAUUAGUUAGAAUGUUUGGGAACAAAGUGGAUACUGCAGAUAUUGCACUUUAUAUACAUUGUACUGGGAAUUUUAUAUUGUCUUAAGUAUUUUCUCUCUUUAUGGAAAAUCUGUAUUCAUCAGCAAGUUCAGUUCAGAAUGUCUUAAAAUGUAUGUAUUGAGAUUCUGUAUUUGUCAAUGUUUACAGUAAGAUACUGUAAUUAUUAAAGAGGGGGUAUUAUGCAAAGUCAGCUUUUUAGAGCUUUUUACCAUGUUUACCACAUAUUGUUCCCUCAUCAGAACAUGACUGAAAUUGUUUUAGAUGUCAACCAUUUUUGUCUGAGUAAUAUUGCGAUCUCUCUGGACACUAUUCGAACCCUUUAUGGUUAGCAGUACAAUCCUGUCCAAGGCUCCGUCCACAAGCUUCCACACAACAAUUUUCCAUAUAUAUACAAAAGUAUGAUACAAAACAAAACAGUACACAACAGCUUUACAAACCUGAUGUGAUGUGCAGUAGUUUUAUUAGUGGACUGCACGCUGAUUGUGUUGUGGUAGCGCUCUGAAGGGGGAGUAACUUUGCACGAGGAGCAAGGGGUGCGUUUUAACAUUAAUGCUGUGUUUUCAGUAAUUAUAGCAUUUUCAAAACAAUAAAAGGUAACAUGGUGAUCUAAAUGUUAUGUACUAACAAUUAAUACCCUCACUUUAAGAAAAUGUAUGUGAUACUGUGUCUCCUGAAUGGACCACACUUUGCACAGCCUGAUUCUGAAAACUUACAGCAUUCUUUAUUUAAAUAUUUAAAAAUAUUUAAAAGACUUUACUUACCUCUUGAACUGCAGUAGUCCGGUUUUACUUUUAACAGUUUUUCCAUAGGUUUUAAUAUACUAUUUAUAUUCAAAGCACCAGGCAGAACCUUUAACGUAUGUAGUUAGAUUAAAACAUUAAGUGUUUUUGUCGUACUUUAUGUAUUAAAGGUAAUGUCUUGUAAUUUACACUUGACCCUUUAAAGGUGCAUUGUGUAACUUUUCUGGUUGGAUGGUCCGUCAAAUGCUUUUCUCUAUAGAGGUGUUAUUGCUUUGUCUGAAAUUUUUCACAGUAUCGUAUUAAACAUUUCAAUAUUUUUUAUAGUUGAGACCAAACCAGGCCAAGUUACAGGUCAGAUCUGUGAAGACGCGACCCUGCUCACAGUCAGAAUGCUGAAUGUUUGGCUAAGUAUUUUUGAGCUAGAAAACCACCUGUAAUUGAAUAAACAGCUCUACUUUAUAUUUAAUGUCAUAUUGUGGAACAUUUAAAGCAGAGCAAUGAUAUAUCCAUAGAAACAAGCAGGUGAUGGACCCCCAACUAAAAAGUUAGUGCUCAUUUAAGUAUUGGGGUUCAUGUGCCUUAUGUAUGUCGUAUGACAAGUUUUCCUGAAAGGCUGACCGGGAUUAACUGUUUUCAUGAAUCUUUAGAUGCACACUCCACUGUAACGUGUGUUUGAGUGACUCUAUUUGACCAGUGUUUACAGAAGUUUGUCUGUAUUUAUGAUGUGAUGUUCAUUUGUUUUAUGUGAACAAAGAGCGUUGUAUUUACCAAAGUGUCUGCGGAAAAAAACUGUAAGAUUACAUUAUAAAGUUAUUGAAGCGUU